AUGGCUGGUUCUUCAUCUUUCACCAACAAUCAUUUAGAGAAGCAUGACGUUUUUCUUAGUUUCAGAGGCGAGGAAACCCGCAAUGGUUUCACGAGCCAUCUCUAUGCAGCUUUGUGCCGUAAACAGAUUAAUACUUUCAUUGAUGACCAAAUUGUGAGAGGAGAUGACAUUUCAUCAUUUCUUUUGAAUACCAUCAAAGCAUCAAAGAUUUCAGUCAUCAUCUUCUCAAAAAAUUAUGCAUCUUCUAAAUGGUGCCUCCAAGAACUCGAACAAAUCCUUCACUGCAAGAAAAUAGAGGAGCAGAUUGUUAUACCAGUUUUCUAUCAUGUAGAUCCAUCAGAUGUAAGGAAUCAAAUUGGGAAGUUCGGAGAUGGAUUCGCUAAGCUUGAAAAAGGUACUAAGGAGAAGUUAGAGAUGCUGCAAAGAUGGAAGAUUGCUUUGAAUGAAGCAGCUAGUCUAGCUGGUUGGACUAUAAAUGGUCAAAAGUCUGAAUCUAAACUUGUAGAUGAGAUUUCAUGGGCUAUAUUGAAAAGACUAAAUAAAUUGUCUCCAAGUGAUUAUAAAGGUCUGGUUGGAGUAAAAUUUUCAAUAAACAAAAUAGAGUCUCUGUUGCACAAGGGAUCAAAUGGUGUUUCCAAAAUAGGAAUUUGGGGCAUAGGUGGUGUUGGCAAGACAACUAUUACUCGUGUUGUAUUCAAUAAAAUCUUGCAUGAUUUUGAAGGAUCCUAUUUUGCUGAAAAUAUUAGGGAAGAGUCGGAGAAAAAUAGUGGAUUAACUGACUUGCGAGAAAAACUUAUUUCCAUAAUAUUAGAGGAUAAAGAUCCCAAUAUAGGGCUCACCUUCCCAAGAAAAAGACUUGAAGAUAAGAAGGUUCUCAUCGUUUUUGAUGAUGUGACAUCUUUACAACAAAUAGAAAAUUUGAUUGGAAAUCUUAAUUGGUUGAGCUCGGAAAGUCAAAUUAUCAUAACAACAAGGGACAAACAAGUGUUGAGAAAUUGUGGAGUAGAUGAUGCUUAUAUAUACAAGGUUAAGGGAUUAAGAGAGAAGGAAGCUCAUAUACUUUUUAAUCAGUAUGCCUUUAAACAAGACUGUCCUAUUGAGGAUUACAUGGAGCUAUCGAACAAAGCAAUUUCAUAUACCAAAUGUCUUCCUCUGGCUCUUAAAGUGUUGGGUUCCUAUUUGUUUUCCCAUAACAAAGAAUUUUGGGAAAGUGCAAUAAAUAAACUAGAAAAAGGUCCUCCUUUGGAUAUUCAUAAGGUAUUAAGAGUUAGUUAUGAUGGACUUGAUAAAGAGGAGAAGGAUUUAUUAUUAGAUAUUGCAUGUUUUUUCAAAGGGGAAGAUAUAGAUCCAGUGAUAGAAGCCCUAAAUGCUUGUGACAUCUCUGCAAAACAAGGAAUACAAGUUCUUAUUGAUAAGUGUCUCGUGCUUGUUACAUACAACAAUAAAAUAACAAUGCAUGAUUUGCUUCAAGAAGUGGGAAAGAAAAUUGCUCGAGAUGAUGCUUGCAAAGACAUUCGAUUAUGGUAUCACAUGGAUAUCUUGAAAGUAUUUAAAAAUUAUAAGGGAUCUGAAGCAAUACGAAGCAUAAACUUGGACAUAUCUAAAAUAAGCAACACAGGCUUAAUUUUUCAUGUUUUGUCAAAGAUGGAUAACUUAAGAUUCUUCAGAGUAUACAACUCAGAACACCGAUUUAAUUAUCCAUUUUUAAGUUUAUACGACGGAUUUAACUUCCCAGGCGAAGAUGAUUAUGGUUUUGAAGAACCUGAAUCCUUUCCCAAUGACAUAACAUUAUUCUGUUGGAAUAAUUACCCAUUUAAAUCAUUGCCAUUAUUUUUUCCUUCAGUGAGUCUUGUUAAACUUGAGAUGCGUCACAACAAAGUUAAACAUUGGAAUGGUUUUCAGAAUGUCGUAAAUUUGAAAUAUGUUGAUCUUUGUUUCUCCCAACACAUGAAAGAGAUUCCAAAUCUCUCAAGAGCCUCAAAUAUGCAAGAAUUGAUUCUAAUAGGUUGUACGAGUUUGUUGGAGAUUGCUCCCUCAUCUAUUCAAAAUCUCAAUAAGCUUGUCAACUUGGAUGUAGGCUUUUGCACAAGGCUUAUUAGUCUACCAGAUUACAUUCAAUCAAAAUCUAUUACUCUCAGUGGUUGCUUUAAUCUCAAGAUAGCUCCAAAGAUCUCAUGUAAGGUGGAAAAAUUAAAAUUAACUGUAACUGCAAUAGACGAAUUACCCUUCAUCGAACAUCCAUUUAUACUAGUUGAGUUGACUCUUCAAAAUUGUCCAUUGCUUGACAGUCUCUCAAGUAGCAUUUUUAGGUUGAAAUCUCUCAAAAAGCUUAAUCUUCAAAGUUGCUCCAAAUUGUUAAGUUCAUCCAAUGGCAUUGUAGAUUUAGAAGCUUUGGAGAAUCUCUUUCUAGCUGCUACAAUCAUGAAAGAAAAUCUUGUUAAGUUGCAUAACACAUCUGACUGCUCAUCCUUGCAAUCAAUAUCAGAUCCAUCAUUUGUAUUGUUACCUGAUUGGAGAUCACGGGGAACAACUUUUGCCAAUUGUUUUAAAUUGGAUUUAUCUAAAAUUCUUCAUGAGCCACUAGAUUGGCAUAAUAAAAAUUUUCUAGGUUAUUUUACAUCUGCUGUUGUUUGUCCAGAAGCAAUAGUGUUCAGUAUUGAUCCAAAAGAAGAAGAAGAGUUCAAUAUUCUUCGAGAUUACAGUGUUACUUGUUACUCCUUAAGUGAAGAUGGUAAGAAGCAAAUUUAUAAAAGUUGCUUUGGACCUUGGAAAGAUGAUUAUUUUGUCUCCAGUCAGUUUUAUUCAGAUCAUGUAUUAUUCAAUUUUUAUUCUAUAACGGAUAACGCGUUUCAAAAGUGCGAUAGGGAAUAUCAUGAAAUUUCUUGUGAGAUGGAGUCAUUAGAUUGUAAAGUGCUCAUCAAAUUUCAUUCUAAAGAUACAAAGGUGAAAAAGAGUGGGAUCAAUUUCUUGUAUGUUGAAGAUUAUGGAGAACCAUUGGAAACAUCCAGAAGUAGUGUUGACAAUGCUAAAAAGAAAGGGAAAGAGAAAGAGAAAGAUGAACUACAAUGCAGUAAAUUGCAAAUUUCAAAGUCCUUUGAUGGUAUAUCUGGCUUAAGGUAA